GGGCUUUAUCGUACUUUACGUAAAGUUCUUAGUUUGGAUGGAUACUACUACAUGGCCACAGAAUACCUGGAGUGCAAGUUUUGUAGAAAAAAGUUUGCUGGGUGGUCCAACCUGGUCUUGGAGCAACUAGACAUGGGACGUCAAAGUUACUUUCCAGCUAUACUCACCCACCGGUAAAUUAAACAAAAGAUUAAUAAUUGUUAUUACUACUGUUACAGCAUUAUUUUUGUAGGUUGGUAAUCGUGUACCAUUGUUUCUUUAAUUACUUGUUUAACUUUUUUCUUACCUUCUUUGUUAUGGUAUUAAUUAUAGAUAUUCUUGUGAUAAAGGUGUUAUCCGGCUACUACGUGAAAGGACCCUCAGACAUUCCUCGACAAAACUGUACAAACAAGUCUUGGAACAGCACAGUGAAGAUUAUUUGCAGCAAGUCUUGAGGUUUCUACAGGCCAGAGAGCCUUUUCACAUACAGGCUCAAAAAAGGAUGCUCACCAUCAACUCGCCAACAAAAAAUAUUCCUGACAUGGCUCCAGUGCCCAAACCUUCUUGGUUCCUGGCUGUCUACAUUCGCGACGUGAUGUCACGGUUAGACGAGCUGAAGGCCAAGGUCACAUCAACGUUUGGGUCCAUCCUUAAACUGGAUUCCACAAAAAAGGUUUCUCUGUUUCUCUGUUGUAAAAGACUAAUUAUGAUUUCUUUUUAAUAGUGUUAAUACAAGUAAUAUGAGAGCUAUUUUUGGCUGAUUUUCAUUACGUAUAUUUUUCAACAUUACUGGUAAGUUAAAUUUAUUUUUCAUAAGAAGACAAACAAACAUUUUUGUAAUACCGUUUUUACUCUGACAAGUAGGGUAAAGUCAAGUCUGUGUGUGUGAGCCUAGUGGCCCAUCAGGCCAGAGCGUAUUGGUUUCGAUAGCAUGAAGUGACUAGGAGUAUUUCUACUCCCCCCUGGAUGGGAUGCUAGUCCAUCGCAGGGUUACCCCCAGCAUUUUGCUGGUACCCAUUUAUACAUGUGGGUGGAGAGAGGCACUGUGAGAGUAAAGUGUCUUGCCUAAAAACACAAUGCGGUUCCCCGGGCUGAGGCUCUAACCUGGACUACCCGACCACUAACCAUUAGGCUAUGGCAGCCUAAGUGGGGUAUUUUAAGUCGGGUAAGUGGGGUAAGUGUGGUAUUUUAUAUCAAUUACAAAAAGUUAUGGAUUAAUGAUUUAAAUUAUUGUACAGUUGUUUUUAAUACCUGCUUUGUAUUGGUUUGGAUGCAUAGGUGACAAAGAAAUUAGCUGGAAAGGCAGCAGGCACUGCUUCAUGGGUAAUCAAUGUUGGGAACGAGUAUGGGAAGGUGCUAAUGUCUGUCCUCACAGCCACAGAAGGAGAUGGACUGCAGGAUAUGGCAGAGGGCUUGAUGAAUCGGUACAAAGAGGCAGAAGUUUCGUCACCACAAGUUCUCUAUGUUGACCGUGAUUGCUGCUCCCAGAGGAUGAAUUCCAAAUUCUAUCAGUGGGAGAACAUGCAGAUCAGACUUGACAUCUGGCAUUUUCUCAGACGCUUUGCAGCUGGUUGUUCAUCUGAGUCUCAUGCUCUGUAUUCAACCUUUAUGUCCCAGUUGUCUGCUUGUGUGUUUGAAUGGGAUCCUGAAGAUCUUGAAAGGUGUCACUUUUAUCUUUUUUUCCAUUUAUUUUUUGUUUUUUGUUGUGCUAUGGCUAAGAGGGACUUUUAGGGUGGUCAGUGACACUGUACCGGUAUGCACUGUAUGCUUUUCUCCUUUAGGUUACGUGCUGCAAAGCAAGCAGAGCUCCGCAGUAGGGGGGUGUGGCGUUUACAGAAGGAUGAUGUUGUCCUUCAUAUCAGCAAGAUGGAGCUAGCAAGGCACUGCAAACGCCGCACCAGGGGGGUAGACGAAACAACGCAACUCAUCAAGGAUUUGCUUGACAUGUUUGGAUCGGACAGGGGAAGAGAUACCAUGGGAAUACCUUUGUUCAACAAGGAAGUCAUGCAGCAGAUAUGGAAAGAACAACAGCGCCAUAUUGCAUGCAUUCAGGAUCCUGUUGGUGUCCAGUUAUAUACACAGACCGGUUCUUUGGAAAAGGGUGGGGUCAAGCUUCCCAUUUAUCAUUGCGCUAGAGGUUCCACAUCCCUGGAGUCAUUUCAUAACCACAUAGACUGUUUUAUACCAGGUAAUAGAGAUCAUUACGGUUAUAGUGACUUAUUGCAACUUGUUAACUGUUAUGUCUAUUCCUCUAAUUGACCCUGGCUUCUUCAUAACAGCACUGAAAAAUGCGCCACCCAUUAUAAUUCCAUAUGGUUAAUUCCACCUUGUGGUUUUUAUCACAAUUUAUCGUGUCUCUCAUAUUGCAGGUACAACUGCCAAUGAUAUGCAUUUUCAAGCAUAUUUGCUUGAAGGCAUUGUACGUUGGAAUGAAGAUCGUGCAUCAGCUGCUUUGGAAGGUACCAGGAGACCAGAGAUUCGAAAUUAUCACAGUGCAUUGAGGCAUGAAGUAAACCGGCUUAAUAUGAUGGUCUAUGGUUCGGAGUUUGAUGAUUGCUACUGUGACCCAUACAAGUACACAGGUGGGUAUGAAGAUUAUUUACCUUACGCGACUAUGGCCAGAAAUUUUCCAAAGUCAUCAAAGUAUCGUAAGGAUGCAAUGUCGUGUGUCAGGCAGUGUAACUCUCUGAUUUCUGUUGGCAAGUAUAAUUCUAUUAAAGUGACUUAUGUAAAUGUACAUGUAUCAUUAACCAGGUGAGAAGAUAGGAGUGCAGUAUCUGUACUCCCAAACUGGUAAGCAAUGGGACACAANUUUGGAUCGGACAGGGGAAGAGAUA